CAGAAAGAGCUGCAGCCACAGGUGAAGGCAGCCAUAGAGAACAUCGGGCUACAGGACCUCAUGUCCAUGGAGGGAAAAUCUCUGCCCAUGCCGGGGGAACCAGCACACUGGGACCAAAAGCUGCCCCAGGAUGGCCCCUGGAAGUUUUUCUGCCUGACGAUAACCCUGAUGUUGCUUCUGCUAGUCCUCAUCCUUGGUGUGGUUCUGGCUGAGGUACUGCAGAUCUUCAACCAGAUGCAGGAAGAACUCAAGCAACUGGACAUCAAAUCUGUGCAGGGUCUGGCAGAUGCUGGGCACAGACGGGACAUGAUGCGGGGAGAGGUGUUCCGGCAAAUGGAGGCUCUGCGGGCAGGCAACGAAUCAUCCUGUGAGCCCUGCCUGGAAAACUGGAUGGCAUUUCAGGGCUCCUGCUAUCUAUUUUCCACACAGCAACAGGACUGGUUUGAAGCCAAGGAUCACUGUGCUAAGAAGGGUGCUCACUUGGUCAUUAUCAAUAGCCAAGCAGAGCAGAAAUUCCUAAGGCUAAAGGAAAAUACUGUCUACUGGAUUGGCCUUAAGAAACAGUAUCCAAAGGGCAUUUACAAGUGGCAAGAUGGCUCAGCACCCACCUUUAUCAACGGGCCUGAUACCACAUCUUCUGACUAUGACUGUGUCUUCAUGGAGAAGUCUGGCUCCUGGCUCUCGGGGAUGUGCCAGGUGUCCUGGUAUUAUUGGAUCUGUGAGAAGCCACAGGUCUGCUGAGCCUGAUCCUUUUACUCUGCCUGCAAUCUUGGGAAAGGUUGUCUUGAUAUUUGAUCUCAUAACAACCCCCCAACUUCUCUCAGAAAAGGGGGUUUUCUGAAAGCUCUGGUCCUCUUGGGAGCAUCUUUCCCUUUUUCUUGCCCUGACUUCUAAAUGCUGUUGAGGAACAUGAAAAAUGACUCCAGGAUGGAACAAUGAGCAGAAUAUACUGUGUAGGACUUUCUACAAGACAAAUAAUCUAGUUUUUAAAAAGUGACAUAAAUAAAGGCAAAUGUAGUAUUGUUAGAAAACAGAAGAGCCUUAAAGACAUCACUAAAUUAACAUGUGUACCAUGUUUGGGUUUUGAUUUGAAAAAGGUUUUGAAGAAAUCACAAUAUUUGAGUAUGCAUGUAUAUCAGGCAACACGAAGGCAAUUUUAUUUAUUUGUGAGUCAUGCCACUAGCAUGAUAUAGAGAGAUGAUGGAUAGAUAGAUAGAUAAGAGAUAUAUCACUGUGUGUUAGCAAUACAUACUAACAUGAGUAUGGGUAAUAUAUAUGGGCAAAUUUGGGUACUGUGUAGGAUUUUCUUAAAACAAUAAAUUUAAUAAGCAGGAAGGUUGUAUAUAAGAAACUCAAUUGGACAAGUGUUUAUAAUUAUUAAACUGAGACAUAGAAGUCUAUCAUAUAUUUCCUCUAGUUUGUGUCAAGAGGAACAUUCUACAUAAAAUUUUAAAUUAAUGCAAUUUAUAAUAAUUCAUAUAAGGUAAACAUGAUUAAAAAGGAACUCAGCAAUUGCAGGGUCAUAGGGAAGCUCUAUUUUUAAUUUCUUGAGGAAU